CAUACCAAAGCAAAAGCGGAUAUUGUGGAAAUGCCUCAUAACAGAGUGAACAUUACAAUAUAGUGUGUGAAACCAAGUGUCGGCGUUUAAACAAAUGCUACUAAAGCGAUCAGCAUUCGGUGUAAUAUUUUGCGCCUUUUAUGUGAUCUCUUAUUUCACAAAUAAGUAUGUCCUGUCUGUCUUGAAAUUCACGUUUCCCACACUUUUUCAGGGGUGGCAGACCUUUGUUGGUGGGUUACUGCUCCUGGUUUCUGGAAAGUUGGGAUGGGUUGAAAUCAGUAGCUUCCCCAGGUCUGCUGUUCUCUCCUGGCUCCCAGGGUCCCUGCUAUUUGUUGGGAACAUCUAUGCAGGGUCAAGGGCUUUGUCACGCCUGCCCAUUCCUAUUUUCUUUACUCUGCACAAUGCUUCAGAAUUUGUGACAGUUCUGAUCCUGAAGCUUACACAGAGGGAGCGAACAUCUUGGACAAAGCUUCUCAGUGUAAUUCUGUUGAUGGUGUCAGCCAUCAGCCUCCCUCUCAGUGAUGUACAGUUUGAUCCUGGAGGCUAUGUAUGGGCUGUACUCCACUUUUCCUGUGUUGGAGGAUACAGAGUCUUUCAGAAGCUUCCCAAGUCCAGCCAUCUAAGUGACCUUGAACAGCAGUACGUUAACUACUUAUUCAGUGUUCUGCUGUUGGCCUUCGCUGCGCAUCCUACAGGUGACCUGCUUGGUGCCUUGGAGUUCCCGUUCCUACUGUCCUACAAGUUCCACAGUGGCUGCUGUGCUAGUGCACUGCUGGGAUUCUUCCUGCUGCUGGCCACAGUCAAACUGAAGAGCAGCCUCCCACUGGAGCACUGCGGGGCCUGGGUCUUCCUUGCCAAGGUCCUGGCUACGUGGUUGUCCCCAUUUGUGUUUGACAUUGUUGUCAACGUAUCGACUCUUUGUUGUGUCCUGCUCAGCAACUGUGGAGAGGCCCUGCUGGUGUACUCCAAUCGCACUGCCGCUGAGCGAUGAUACCCUGCCAGUGUGGAAAGUGAAGAAUGCUCCAAUAACAAAAAUGACCAUGUCUGCGUUGAGGAGGAGAUAUUACUGUCGAGCGAAAAGGAAACUCGAUGCACCAGAAGAGAUAUGGAUGUGACCAAAGGCUCUUGUUGAUGAAUUGGCCUGGCUGUGACUCUCAUCACUUGUGAUUCACUAACAGCACACUGAAAACAAAUUAUAUACGAUUAUUUUUCCAAAGAUUGUGGGAUUUAUGGUUGUGGGAGGGUGUUAAUUAGUGUAUUGGAUACACUUUCUUCUUCAGGUGUAAUGUCAGCCACAAUUUACAGAUCAGUCUUUAAAAUCAGAAAAAAGUUAAACCAGAUUUAAUAAGAACUGUCACCAGUGAGUUUGAAGUAAUCACAGAUAUAGUAUGGAUUCCCUGAAACAAAUUUCGAAAGGUAAUAUAUACUCUUAUGUGCUAAUCUCAAACCAAAGCACCGCCACUAUGGGUGUGUUUUGGUUUGAGAUUAGCACGUAAAGGUAUGUUUGUAAAGGAUUACGGAAAAACAUCCUUUACUACUCCCACUGUAACUAUGUCUCAAUUCUUCUAUCAUUAUGAAAGAUCCAACCUCCCCCAGAAAACAUAUAGUGUCGUCAGAAUGUUGCCAUGAUGUUAUAACAGCAGAGUUACAUUUUUUGUAAUGUCACAGAAAUGUGUUAGCUAGCACCUGUCUCCCAGGGAAGACUCAACCUAUUUUCUCACACUAGCCUACAGAGAUUAAAUACACUGUUAAGGGUUUACAGGAAGCCAUUGUUAAGGGCAUUAUUUGAAUAUUUUUAUAUAUUAAGUAACUUAAUAGUAUAGCAUCUUUGUCUUCUUGCAUCUUCAUCUGUAGCUCAGAUGUGACCAACAUGUCUAACAGUUCAUGUUUAACAGUUCUUAACUCUGGGCCUUGGGGAGUUCAUUGAGAGAACUACAUGACGGUAGCCCAUGUUCCCCGAUGCUCUGAUGCUUGGCUGUGUCAAGCAGUGACAUCUUUUGCCUUGGCCCGUGUCACCAUACGUAGUCAGGUAACGUACGGCAAAGAGCUGAGAGUGUGCCUUUCUGUGUCAAAUCUAAACUGAACAAUAUCAAGCACUGUGUGGGAAAACUGAAAUCUUUUAAAUCAAAAAGCAAAAGGUUUUUGGGGCAUGCUUGUCACAGGAUGGCCAAUGCCCCCCCCCCCC